CACAGAUGUUUUAUAUAUCACCUAGGUGUGGAUUGAGGCUUGCCUACAGGUGUUCUACUCUCUGGGACCAGUUUGGGGAGGCAUUAUCACCAUGGCCAGUUCAACAACAACUGUCUGAGAGAUGCUAUGUUAGUUAUGUUUAUUGGUGAAGGCACCAGUAUAUUUUCCGGCUUCGUCACAUUUACAAUCCUUGGGGUAAUGGCCCAUCGCCAAGGGGUGCACGUGUCGGAGGUAGUCUCAUCUGGACCUGGGUUGGGAUUUGUCACCUACCCUCAGGCUUUGUCUGGUCUGCCCAUCCCGCAGAUGUGGUCGUUCUUGUUCUUCGUCAUGUUACUCACAGUGGGACUCGACAGUCAGUUUGUUGAUGUCGAGGUUGUGAUCACCGGAAUCGUGGAUGUGUUUCCGAGAUUUCUUCGAUACAAAUCAUUUAUUACGGGGAUUUAUUGUGCAUUCGGCUUCCUUGUGGGUCUCCCGUACUGCACUAAUGGUGGAAUCUACAUAUUCCAACUGGCUGACUGGUACGUAGCGGCUCUCGUGCUCGCCAUAGGAAUCAUGGAAUGCAUGAUCGUGACCUGGAUAUAUGGAUUCAAGUGUCUAGAUGAAGAUCUGGAACUCAUGAUAGGAAGGAAUGUUCCCGUCGUUUUCAAAAUCUUUCUAACUUACGUCACUCCACUGGUAUUGUUGGUUACUGUGGUGUUUACGCUUGCGCAGUACACACUUCCAACAUACGGGAAAUACGAGUACCCGAACUACAGUGCGGUCAUUGGUUGGAUCUACGCUGCGAUCCCGAUCACGCCGAUUCCCUUGUUCUUCAUCUGGGAAUUUGCUAAAGCCGAGGGGCCAAUGAGGGCGCGAUUAGCCAAGACGAUUUCUCCAUCAGACAACUGGGUUCCAAACACGUGUUCGUCUCGAACAAAGUACAGACAGAAACAACAGAACUCGUUCAGAGAAAACAUAUGUCACGUGUGCUCUCAAUAAACAAGAUGUUUUGAG